AACCUUAAGCCAUUCCAAUUACUUUCUCAAAAUACUUUUAAAAGUUUACCCUAUACUUCAUGAGAGCAACACUUUGUAUUACAGACAAGGUAAUGGCAUUUUGUCCGAAAGAAUUAACGAAUAUAGAUCUUGAUCUUGAUAUUCAAUAUACUGAUUUACAUGCUAUUUAUUAAAUCCUGCAUUUAUUUACAACUUGAUAUACGCAUAUAUCUUAUCUAAAUUAAGUAUUAAUAAAUAUCACUUAUGAAUUAAUCAUGAGAUUUUAACGAAAAUGUUGGAAAUAUCACUCGAAAAACUUCUAAUGCAUCAAUUUACAUUUAAUAUUAGGUGAGAUUCUUAACAAUCUCACCUACUAUAAUCGUAACAAAAUUUCAUGUCGUCCGAUCGACCUCAAAUUUGGCCAAAAUGUGUUUCGCCACUUCCUGAUUCCGAAUAUAUAUAUGUCUAAGUUACGUUCCCGGCCGGCCGGCCGGCCGGCCGGCCGCUCUUUGGAGCUUAAUAGCUCCUAAACUAAAAAAGAUAUCGACUUGCGGUUUUCGGCAAAGGUUAUAUAUCGGGUGAAAAUUGCAACUUGGUGCAUAGACCCCCCACCCCCCACCCCUCCUUCCGCCAUUUUGAAGACCACCCUUUUUUUGUUUUCUCAAUAGCUCCGCCCCUAUGGCAUCGAGCGGGCUCAAAUUUUAGUAUGUUAUAGCUGGGCCUUAGAGCUUUCCAUCAAUACCAAACUUAAGGUCCCCCGACCCCCCUGACCCGAGCUAUAAGGGUCCAAAAAAAUUUCUUAAAAUGGCCAUAACUCUUGUUCUAAUUGUCAGAAUUUAAAAAAAAUGAGGGCUUUUUGGAAAGCUCUCAUGAAAUGCCACUUCUCCUUCUAACAUCACAAGUUCAUAAAACCACCGCCAGGGGCGCUAUUAUUAAAAAGAAAAUUUUUAAAUCUUAAAAGUUAAAUAACUCAAAAAUUCCAUUGUGCAUCGGGCUGAAAAUUUAGUAUGUUGUAGCCGUUGAUUAUACCUAUCAAACAAAAAAAAACCUUAAGUCGAUCCAUAACCCCUGACCCGAGCUAUAAGGGGUCAAAGUUCGAACAUUGACCGGCCUCUAUCUCCGGUUCUAAUUAACAUAGCGACCUAAAUUUUACCUUUUUGGUUUCGUCUCGAUGAGCACUUUCAGAUGGAAGUUCAAAAAGUCACCACAGGUGGCGCUGUGAUAGCGUCAAAAUUCAUCGAAAUUCAAAGUCACUUUUCUCAAAAACGGCAUUGUGCAAGUUAAUGAAAUUUUAGUAUGUUGUAGUCCAGUCUAAGACGUUUCCAAAAUGGUGCGUAAGCGCGCUGUGGUUUCAAUAGAACCGGUGAUAUGAGGGGUCAAAGUUCACGAAAUUCAAAAAAUCAUAUCUCCGGUUCUAUGUGACCGAUUUUGAUGAAUGAGGGCUUAAACGAAAGAUCUCACCAAAUGCUACAACUUUCUAGAAUAUUUGAACUUCGUGGGACCAACACUAGGGGCGCCACAGUCGAAAAACCAAUUUCAAUAUCACAUAACCUCAAUUAUCUCGACUGUCGCUGAACCGAUUUUGAUGAUUACUUCAACAUAAUUGUAGAGUAUAUUUGUCUCUACAUUUCGUCCAUACAUCAUUUUCCACUCAGAUUACGCUAUCACUCCGAUUUUGCCGUUUAAGUGUGAAAAAAUUGAUUUUUCCAAUAAUAACGCUUUGAAAUCCCUCAGAUGCCAAUUUGACUGCCUCUACUCCACCAAGACACUUAAAAUAGGGUUUUAAAUGGAAAGUCCCACAAAAUACAAUAAUUCUUUGAUAUAGUUGAAGUUCAACAAAUGACUACUUGGGGCACUCUGGAUGAAAAAACGAGUUAAGAAACAAAAAACCUCGCUUAUCUUGGCUUCUGAGUAAUCGAUGAGUUCAAGUUCUACGGCAAAAUUAUAGAGAACAUUCUGGUCUACAUUUCACCCAUAUAACACUUUUCUGUCAGUUCAUCCAAAUCCUUGAUAUUUUGGUUUAAAUACAAAAUUUGUAUAAUUUCACGAAUUUGAUUCAAGAUAACUGAAUGGCGUCUCCCAACUUCAGCUCCAAAUCGAAUUUGCAUGCACUCCGAGUUAGCUCACGUUAAGAAUCUCACCCACAUAAGCCGGUUAGGAUUAUCUGUCCCUUUUGUUGGUAUAGGGUAAGGGAAAGUAGGGGAGACUGGGGCAAAAUUUGUCAAAACAAAAAUUUCAAUAUUCACUAUUUUCUAAAUAAAAGAGACUGAGGCUUAAAAUUUUUAUUAUAGAUAGCCUUCAUGAAUCUUCUUAAACUUACAAAGUUUCAAGGGAUUUGAGGAAGGACUAUGUAAAAUAAAAAAUAAUGAAAUUUUGAGCCCUACUUUUGGAAUAUUUGGCUUACAGAAAAUAUCAAUACUUAUUAGCUCAAUUUAAGCACAUUUCUCGUUAAGAUAGAAAAAAUUUAUCUUCGACAAACUUGUAAAGGAAUAAAUUUCCUAUAAAAAUGUGUGUAGGGGGAACUGGGGCAGUAGUAAACUGGGGUUGUUGUAAACACUGUGAUUUUUUUCAUUAAUUUUAAGACUCCAGAGGAUAAAACCCAUAAGCAUUCAUAGAUACCAUGGGGAUGUAUGCACACAGAUGAAUUAGUCAAUAAAAUCCUAAUACUUUAAAAAUAAAAAUCAUUUUUCCCGAAAAUGUUGAUAUUUCAAUUAUUUUGGUAAUUUGGAUUUCCACCUGGAAAUUAAAAACUGUAUAAAAUAAUCGAAAUGUAGCAAUACCAGUUCUGUCCUACAUCUUUUAGGAUUAUAUUAAUGCAUUUGCUAGAGAAAUUGAGAUUCUCAUUAUUUCAAAAGAAUUAAUAAUUGGUCAGAAAACAGCAUUUGGGGUAGAUGUAAACAGGCAAUUUCAAUUUCACAAAAUGAGUAGGUAAAAGAGCGGGAAAUUGACCUUCAUGCGAAAUAUCUAUAACUCAUAGAUUACGAAAAAAAAAAUUGGUGGCACUGUGUUAAAUAAAAAGUCACAUGAUGUCAAAAUAUGGGGAAAAUCCAUUGAAAAAUGUCUUUGGUAUGCAUGCUUUUAGUUUUUUUGCUAUUUUAAUUAUUCUUUGUAAAAAGUGUCGUGAUUUUUUGAAGAAUAUACAGUUUUUAUAUAUCUCUUAAGUAAUUAAAAUAAUCGAAAGUGGUGCAAAGUUAAUUUCAAGGGUGGAAAAAAGGGUGUUUACAUCCUCCCCAGAAAGUGUUUACUUCUACCCCAGGUAUUUUGUGAAAAGAGAAAAAUGCACAAACACACAAAUUUUAUUUUUAUGGAAAACUCAAUUGUUUUCCAGCAUCCGCAUUACCCUCGAUGAAUUGUCUAUACCCAAGGGUAAAACAUGAGCUAAGAAAUAUUUUCCAAAAAAAAAACCCGGUGUCCUUGGAAAAUCACCUCAAAUUCGCAUCUAUCGAAAAUGGUUACAUGUGCCCCAGUCACCUCUAUAUGAUAUUUUUAGCGUUUGCGUGAGUAAAACGUUACAAAUCAUACGAAGACUGACAAAAUUUGCCCCAGCAAUUUUGAAAAUCUCCAAAAAAUCGACUUUUAGAAAAUGAUUCGAAAAUCACAUUUCUUUCAAGAUAGAGGAAAAUAGUCUUCUGCAAUGUUGUAGAGCAGUAAAUUUCCUAUAAAAAUAUGCUCAUUAUAAAACGUUUAAGCUUUCUCAGAGCUCGUGAAAGAAUUAAAUAUGCGUUUUGACAAGUUUGGCCCAGUCUCCCCUAUUGUAAAUUUUCUUUAAGUUUUCCUAAGAGACUCAAACAUUUCUAUUAAACUAGCUUAUUAUCAAUUAUUGAUAAUUAAAUGACGAUCAUGUGGAAAUCUCUUAAGAAAAGUAAAAGAAAUUCACAUUAUUCGAAGGCAUGAACAUUCGAAGGGUGAGUACUUUCCCCUAUAGGUCUAUUUAUUAAUAAAUUUUAAGUAUAAAUGCCCAAAAAUUGAGAAGUUAUUUGGCCAACAAUUAAUUUAACCAUGAUACCUCAUUUUACAAUUUCAAACUUUUUGUUUGAGCAAUUCAUUUUUUUCUCCAAAUAUUUCCAAUUAUCCAAGUCAAACUUAAUCUAUAAUAAUGAGAAGUGGAAAAUUUUCCGUUUAUUUUGAACAACAUGCAUGCUUUAUAUAAAUUUUUGUAAAAUGUGUUGCUUGAAAAAUAAACUAAAAAUGUUUCUAAAGUGCAACCUUUCGACCUUUAACCAGAGUUGAUAACAUUCAUUUAUGUAUCACUAAAACAUCUUUCAAUCUUAAAUAAAUAUUGGAUGUGUUAACAAAAAGUCACUGAAUAUUGAAAAAAAAUUACAGAUAAGGAUGCAAGUGUGUUUAUAGGUUUGUUAAAUAGUUAUAUUUUUACUUCGAUCUCAUGAUUGUAUUACUGUGCGUUCUCCUCCUUCUUCCAAGAAAAUAAGAAAGCUUCUAUUAGGUCCGAUAAGCCUUUUCUACUACAUAUUUUUUUAUUUGGCGUAAGGCUGAAUAAUCAGAAGGUUUUAGAUAGCAGUAGUUAUAUAUAUAUAUAUAUAUAUAUAUAUAUAAACACGCAAAUAUUUAUAUUCUUAUGAAUAAUAGGAGGCAGUUUUUCAUCCACUACAACGGAUGCUUAUCAGUCGGAUGCAGCCCACAACAUUACGGAUUCACUGGUUUUACUCCAUACAUAGUGGAUCAUUUCAGAACUGCAUAGAGAUCAUUGAACAUUUUCAAUGACAUGGAAUGACUUGGUGAAAAAUAACACACUAGAAACUGAUAAAGACUUUUUCCCACCAAUGAAAGAUUAGAUAAAUUCUUAUCUUUCUAUGUGGUGUCUCUCUCUAGACGAUGAAAAUUUGCCUGACCACGUCAUGGAAGUUAUUUUCACAUCUUAAGUUAAACGUGCAGCACCAGUGAGUAGAAAUUUUCUAAAUUUUGUUUCCUUAUUAAGAAUUUUUACACGUACAAUUAUGGCUUCCGUUGUUGUGAGAAAAACUGAAAUUAAUGAUCUUUCUAAUAUAAUUGAUAUGAUACAGGAAUUAGCUGAUUUUGAGAAAAUGUCCAAUGGACCUCAAUUAACGCUAAAUGAUUUGAUUCGCGAAGGAGGAUUUGAUUCCCCACAACAUCCCGCAAUUUUCCACAGUUUCAUAGCCGAAGAGGUUACCACGUCAUCUAGAGAUCAUCCUAUGACCCGAAAACCAAUUGGAUAUGCAAUUUGUUUCUUUAGCUUCUCAACAUGGGAAGGUAAAUCACUAUUUCUGGAGGAUCUUUACGUGCGCCCUCAAUUUAGGAAGCAAAAAGUUGGUAAAAAACUCUUUCAAGAAGUCGUUCAAUUUGCAAGAUCCACAAAUUGUGCACGAUUGGACCUUCAUGUUUUGGAAUGGAACACUCCAGCGAGAGAUUUCUAUAGAAAUUUUGGUGGAGUGGAUCUUACUGAGACGGAAAAGUGGAACUUGAUUCGCUUCGAUGAAAAGGUAAUGGAAAAUAUUUUGAAGCUUUAGACUAGCUCCAAGCUCUUUACGAAUUUAUAUGAAAAUUUUAAAGUACAAUUUGCAUACUUUUUGAAAAAAGUUCAAAUUAAACUAAAAUUGUAGAUGUUUAACAUCAAAAGAAUUAAAGAAUCGUUUAAAAAAGU